ACAACGCGAUUAGUUUGAAAGGUUUCUGCUCGCUGACAAUAUUUUCUUGGCUCAAACUUUUUUUUUGUGAUGAAUUCAAGCUCUUCAGUUUGAGGAUGGAGUCAUCUUGUCUGGACCUUGCUCUGGAGGGUGAGCGUCUCUGUAAGGCUGGUGACUACCGUGCUGGUGUGUCUUAUUUUGAGUCUGCCAUCGAGGUUGGGACUGAGGACCUCCAGAUCCUUAGUGCCAUCUACAGCCAGCUGGGCAACGCCUACUUUCACCUACAAGAGUAUCAAAAAGCCUUGGAGUACCAUCGCCAUGACCUCACACUUACCAGAACUAUUGGAGAUGAGCUUGGUGAGGCCAAAGCCAGUGGCAACCUUGGGAACACAUUAAAACUUUUAGGACGGUAUGAUGAAGCUGUUGUCUGUUGCCAAAGACAUUUGGACAUCACCAGAGCCAUUUACGAUAAGGUUGGGCAAGCUCGAGCACUGUAUAAUUUCGGGAACGUUUACCACGCCAAGGGCAAGAACAUCUGCUGGAGUGGAGCCGAGCCAGGAGAGUUUUCUGAGGAGGCCAGGGCAGCCCUGAGGAAAGCUGCAAAGUACUACGAAGCAAACCUGUGCAUGGUGAAGGAAUUAGGCGAUCGGGCAGCACAGGGGCGUACCUAUGGUAACCUUGGCAACACUUACUAUCUGCUGGGUGACUUUGAAACUGCCGUGGCCGGACAUGAAAAGCGGCUGCUCAUCGCUAAAGAGUUUGGAGAUAAAUCUGCUGAGAGGAGGGCCCACUGUAACCUUGGCAACGCUCACAUAUUCCUUAGUCAAUUUGAAGUUGCUGCUGGUCAUUACAAGAGGACUCUGCAGCUGGCCCGGCUUUUGAAGGACAAAGCGGUGGAGGCUCAGGCUUGCUACAGUUUAGGCAACACCUACACACUACUGCAGGACUAUGAGAGAGCCAUCGAUUACCACCUCAAACAUCUGGUCAUUGCUCAGGACCUCAACGACAGAGUCGGUGAAGGAAGAGCGUACUGGAGUCUAGGAAAUGCCCACACCGCCCUGGGGAAUCAUGAGCAAGCAAUGCACUUCGCUGAGAAACAUCUGGAAAUUGCCAAAGAGACUGGAGACAAAAGCGGGGAGGUGACAGCCAGGAUGAACUUGUCUGACCUGCGGCUGGUCGUAGGCCUGAAGUCCAACUCCAACAUUCAUCCAAAUGUCUUCCGUAACACAAACAUGAACAGCUCAGCUCUGCCAGCAAUCUGCCACAGUUUCUCAAAUCACCCAGCUGUCAAGUCUGCAGAGAACCUUGAACCGAGGCAAAGUCCUGACAAAAAUCAAACAGGAGAUCCAUCUGCACAGCAAGACUGGGAGGAUGAUUCUUAUCCUGGGUCUUCUAAAUCCAACACAAUCAAGGCUUCUACUAAACUCUUCCUCUUCCAUCGGUUGAAAAGCAAGAAGCAGAAAAGCAUCAAAUCACCUCCCAAAGAGCAGCAUGAGAACCACACGGAGGACUCGGCUCCCGAGCUGGAAGCCCCGGUGUCUUCUAAGCCUGGAUCGCGGGACACUAUCGGGGAAGACGGCUUUUUCGACCUGCUGUCUCGUUUCCAGGGCAACAGAAUGGAUGACCAAAGGUGCUCCCUACUGGAUGGACAGGGCAGUCUCCCUGCCCACUCCUCUUCCUCUCCCUCCUCCACCCCACCUAUAGCUGAGAGGAAAUCUAUUUUGGAGUGCGCAACACCCUCGCAGGAUCCUGGUCAUUUCCUGGAGCUGCUGGCCAGCUCCCAGGCCCGCCGUCUGGACGACCAAAGAGUGAGCUUGAGCCAUUUUCCUGGCUUACGACUCAGCGCCUCCAACCAGCCUCGUACACCCUCCACCUCCAGCACCGACCAGGUCCACCCCCAAGCCCAAAUCUCCAGUCCACAAACGCACACAACCUCCCUGUACAGUCGCCUGGAGGCAAGUGCUGAGCAGCCUGAGGGGGACGACGUCUUCUUCGACAUGCUAGUCAAGUGCCAGGGCUCCAGGCUGAACGAACAGAGGUGUGCCGCACCGCCUUCUGCAAAUAAAGGUUCAACUGUUCCCGAUGAGGAUUUUUUCAGUCUGAUCCUGCAUUCCCAGUCCAACAGGAUGGAGGAGCAGAGAGUUUUCGCGCCCCCUGGUGUCACACAAACCAAACCAGACUGACUCCCUAGGAUUUUGUUUUCAAAGUCUCAGGAUAACUGAUGAAGUAACCAAGCUGUCAAGAGUUUUUGAACUCUUGAUUCCUGCCUUCUCGGGCUGUUGUGACAACAUCCCUGCAAAACGUCAAAGAUUGCAAAGGAACAUUAGAAGGAAUUCAAGUCUGAAAAUAUAGAGAACUGGUUAUUAUGGAUGUUAAAUCAUGGGACAUUUUGGAUUUGGAUUCUUAUUGUUUGAUAACUGACUCUGGGUUGUCACAUGUUGGUGGUGCGCCAAGCUGCCUGUUUUUAAUAAGACAUUUUUACCAGUGACACCUGCCUACUCUGGAAGCUUGCAUCAAGCCACUCUUACAAUGUUGAAGUAGUUUGUGUUUGGAAUCAAAGUACUUAACUUAAAAGAUGCCCAACCGAAGGUAAUGAUGGACAGUGGUCAAUGAAGCUAUCACCAAUUGUGGAACAUUAAAUGGGCUGUUGUGCCCAUUUUGGAUUAUGUUUUAGUCUCUGGGAGCAGUAUAUAUGUUGAUUUGAAUUGAUCUUAACACACCAAAAAAUCUUUAAAAUCCACCAAGACACUGGUGACGUUUGAAGACAUUUAUAGUAUCUGCUAUCUGACUUAAAGAGUAAGGAGUCCUUUUUAAUUGGUGGAGUUAUUGCCAUUUUUUUGUCACAAUAUUUUUACAAGACUGAGAAAAAGAGAGUUGUUAUUUUAGUCUUUUUUUAUUGAGACUUUCUUCUGACAGGAGAAAUAAAAUAAAGUCACCUGAAUUUA